AGAUUCGUGGGAUAAGGCAAAGUGGACAUUGAGCAGAAAUUGUCUCGCCGACAACAAAGCUGCUUCAGCAUGAACGACUCGGCCGCUCUGAUCUCUGAUCUGCACUUGUGGCUAAACCAGAGGUUCCAGUUCAACGCGACCGCUGCCAACGCCACCUUUGCCAUGAGGCCUCUUGCAGAUAAAACCAUCAGCGUCAUCGUAAUUGUCAUCUUAUUCAUCGCCAUGGUCGCCGUGGGGUGCAUCAUGGACGUGACCAAGAUCAAGUCCUUCCUGGUGAAGCCUAAAGGGGUCGCUGUUGCAGUGCUUUGUCAGUUUGGUGUCAUGCCUCUGACGGCCUUUUGCUUAGCCAAGGCGUUCCAGCUGCGCGACUCGCUUGCUGUGGUGGUCCUGAUCUGUGGCUGCUGUCCCGGGGGCGCUCUCUCCAACGUCCUGACUCUGGCUGCAGGGGGCGACAUCAACCUCAGCCUUGUGAUGACGUCCGCCUCCACGGUGCUGUCUCUGGGCUUCAUGCCGCUGCUGCUCUUCAUCUACUGUCAGGCUUUCCCCAGCCUGCAGGGAGCCGUGCCCUACGGCAGAAUCGCCCUGAACCUGAUCAUGAUCCUCGUGCCCUGCAGCAUCGGCAUCUUCAUCAACCGGUGCAGGCCGCAGUACUCCAGGACCAUCAAGAGGGUUGGCUACAGUACAAUGGCGUUGAGUCUCGUGGUCGUUGGCGCCAUCGUCGUGUAUCAGCUCGGAGCCUACGCCCUCAUUCUUCUGUUUCCUCCUCUGGUGGCCAGCGCUGCUCUGCUGCCGGUCAUCGGCUUCGUCCUGGGAUAUGUCCUCACCUCCUGCUGCAGUCUCACGCAUGCGGAGCGGAGGACUGUUGCCCUGGAAACGGGCUGCCAGCAGUGUCAACUGGCCAUGACCAUCAUGAAGACGGCCUUCCCUCCCGCCAUGAUCGGCCCUCUAUUCCUGUUCCCCAUGCUCGUGUGGUUCUUCCAGCUCACGGGGGGGUGUGUGAUGAUCAUGGCGUUCAGGUGUCACCAGAUGUUCACACGCAAGAGGAAAGAAAAGUACAACCCAGCUCACACUGAGGACGACGCCAUGACAGAACGACCUCAGUCGUCUCCUAAGUUCUGACAACGGAUUAAUAAUAAUAAAAAAAAAACUCUGGUACCUCAAA